AAAAGUGAGAUAGAUUGGAAAAGAAGUGUGAAGACAGUUGAUUGAGAUCGUGUGCAUUGUUUAAAGGAGGAGAAAAUAGAAUUCCCAUUAAAGUAAUUUUCUAUCUUUAAAUUAAUGUGUUGAGUGCGCCUAGGCAGAAUAUAUCCCAAGGAUACGCGAUUAAGGAAGAGAGAGGGACAGAGAGAGAGGAUAAGACAUCAAUCGAAGGAUAAAUUGAGUAAUUGCCUGAAGCAGGAAGGAAUUGAGAGAUUGUCCACCCACGCCUUUCCAUCCCUUCUUCACCCCAAUGAAUUGGCUCGCGACUGUGGAAAAUGGCAACGUCUCCAACACCAUCUCUGGACUCUUUGCCGGGUGCCACUAAUUCGAUAAGGUCAUUUGGGGAGCACACAGACCUGUCUGAAUCACCGCUAACACUGAGUGGUUCAUCACCAACGGUCUCAGAUUCGGCAAUCUGUGACGAUUUCCCGCUCAACGGACUGGAAUCAUCGGCGCCCAGCUCACAGACGGCCUCCUCGAGUGAGCGCAUCAUCUGUCCCCGUUGCACGGGAUGCAAGAGUAAGCAAUUGGAUGCUGUUGCCAAGUGUAUCGACUGUGCCAACUACUUGUGUUCCAACUGUGUGACGGCACAUCAAUUUAUGCACUGCUUCGACGGACACAGCGUCUUCCGGAUUGGCAGUGACGGACAAUUGCAGGCGACACCGUCACAACAUCAGCCACCGGUGCAGCUUCAUCAGCAGGUGGACAUUAUGAAUGGUUUCGAGUCGCAUCGGCUGGCGCUCAGUCUCAAGGAUGAGACGUCGCUGCUCAAUAAGGCCAACAAUAUGACGUCACUGCUCAGCGGGGCGCAGACCAAUCCCACCGCCACCAGCGGCCUCAACUCACUGCUGGACGGCGGCGGCGGUGGGCUCCUGGGCGCCACGACAUCCGCCGCGCCCAAGACCAACUCGUACUUCUGCACGCGUCACAAGACGGAACUGCUCAAGUUCUACUGUCGCACGUGCAGCGUGACGGUGUGCAAGGAUUGCAUCGUGUCAGACCAUCCGAAUGGUCUGCACGACUGCGAGCACGUGAGCGACAGUACGCCGAAGCAGAUCGAGAGUCUGCUGCAGCUGGUGACGGAUGUGCGGAACAAAGCGACUGACAUGCGGGCGAUGGUGAAGAAUGCUGAGCACAACACGUCGAGAAUUCAGGUGCAGUAUCACAAGGCACAGACGGAGAUCAAUGAGACACACAAUUUCUAUCGUUCACUGCUGGAUGACCGUAAGCAGGAUUUGCUGAAGGAGCUGGAGAGCUUCUACAAUGCCAAGACACUGUCGCAGUCUGUGUUGGUGACGAAGUCUCAGGAGCACGUGGACAAGGUGCUGCAGAGUUGUGAAUUUGUGGAGCGUCUCACGAAGCAUGCCGGUCUCGCGGAGACGAUAAUGCUGAGGAAGUUGAUGGAGAAUAAGUUGCAAUCAUUUAUGGGAUUCAUUCAGGAUCUGCAGUCGACGUAUGAGUUGGAGUUUGUGAGCAACUAUCAGGCCAUUCAGGUGGGUGUGCGCAACACAUUUGGCUACAUUCGGUCAAGCAGUGAGGCACCGACGAAGCAGCCGCCGAUAGCACGUCCGACAAGCAAUAGCAUCCUGACGAAUGGCAGCAGCCCCACGUCCAGCACCGGGAGUCUGAAUUGCAAUAUUCAGCCCCAGACGACGGGCCACAUUCUCUCGAAUGGGUGUCAUGCCAUUGAGAGGCCAUUCUCUAAUGGUGGCACCACGUCAAUUAUUCAGGCGUCUCAGCCGCAGCAGAGCAUGUCCUUUGACUCAAACAUCAUCUCAAAGAGGUUCAAUUCGGUGAAUAGUCUGGGACCAUUUGUGGGUGAUGUCAAUAUUCAGGUGAAUCCGUAUGAGAAGUGGAGCAAUGGUGGAUCGGACAAUAUAUUCAACAGUUUGUCAGAUCAGUACACAAUUCCAUUGGCGCCGAGUCAAGCGGCCACGGAUUCUGUCAUUGAUCUCACGUCAAAGCUCAUGUCUACGAGUAUGUUUCCGCCCAAGUCGCAGAUAAAGCGCCAGAAGAUGAUCUAUCACUGCAAAUUUGGGGAGUUUGGCGUGAUGGAGGGACAAUUUACUGAGCCGAGCGGUGUGGCGGUGAAUGCGCAGAAUGAUAUAAUUGUUGCAGACACGAACAACCAUCGCAUUCAGAUCUUUGAUAAGGAGGGACGCUUCAAGUUCCAGUUUGGCGAGUGUGGGAAGCGUGAUGGACAGCUGCUGUAUCCCAAUCGCGUGGCUGUGGUGCGCACAUCGGGAGACAUCAUCGUCACGGAGAGGUCACCGACACACCAGAUCCAGAUUUACAAUCAGUAUGGACAGUUUGUGAGGAAGUUCGGCGCAAAUAUCCUGCAGCAUCCGCGCGGUGUGACGGUGGACAACAAGGGGAGGAUCAUCGUGGUGGAAUGCAAGGUGAUGCGCGUGAUUAUCUUUGAUCAGUCUGGCAAUGUGCUGCAGAAGUUCGGCUGCAGCAAACAUCUGGAGUUCCCCAAUGGUGUUGUGGUGAAUGACAAGCAGGAGAUCUUCAUCAGUGACAAUCGGGCGCAUUGCGUGAAGGUGUUCAACUACGAGGGUGUGUUCCUUCGGCAAAUUGGCGGCGAGGGCAUCACCAAUUACCCCAUUGGCGUGGGCAUCAAUGCUGCCGGUGAGAUUCUCAUCGCUGACAAUCACAACAACUUCAAUCUCACCAUCUUCACGCAAGAUGGGCAGCUGGUGAGUGCGCUGGAGAGCAAGGUGAAGCACGCCCAGUGCUUUGACGUGGCCCUGAUGGACGAUGGGAGCGUGGUGCUGGCCAGCAAGGACUAUCGCCUCUACAUCUACCGGUACGUGCAAGUGCCGCCGCUGGGGCUCUAGGACAAAGUGAUGCGGAGAGGGAAGAGAACCACCACCGCGACUCAUGACAGUGUGUAUCCCUUCAAGUAGACGAACGGAGGGCGCGCCAUCCCUUUCCCCAUGACACACAGAAAAACACACACACAAGGCACAUGUAUUAACAAUUAAUCGAUGAACUAUUCCAUGUUUAUUUCACUGUUGUUUUACCUUUUUUUUAAUUUUACUGUAAAUAUUAAAUUCGAUGAGAAAUAUCACGUGAAGGAGAAGUAAAUAGAGGUAAUUUGGGAAGGAGAAGUUACUGAAAAUCAACGAUGUUGUGAAGUAUUGUGGGAUGAGAGAGAAAGAAAUGAUUAUUCAAUACUAUUGAACCUCCCAAUUUGCGUAUAUUAAUAUGACAGAGACAGAGAGAGAGAGUGUGUGGAAGAAUGGCUGGAGAGUGUGUGAAAGUGAAGAGAAGACGAGGAGAACACAGCAAUUAGCGCAUCUCUGGAGAGAUGCUGGUGUAAGAAAAAAUCCUUCAAGAAAAAAAAUUAACUAAGCAAGAUUGAAGCGGCGAAGCUGAGUAAAAAAAAAGUCUACAAAUCAAUAUAUAUUUUUGUACUUUUCAUAGAGAAACAAUUUUCUAAAAAAAAUUAACCAAAAAAUGUAAUGAAUCUAUACAUAUUAAUUACUGUAUUAUCAGGAGUAAUUCAAUGAAGUGACAUGGAAAGGUGGACACACAAACUAUUUCUACUUAUUCUCAAGAGAAAUGAUUAUACUUAUAUAGUAGUAGUUAAGGUCUUGUGUCUUCUCUUUUGUACACUGAAGAAAACACAACAAGAAACACACUUCUAUUGGACUGAAUUCACGCCUAUCUCUCUAUUAUCUCAUGACUAAAGAAGAAGAGGAAACCAAGCUAAAUAUGUAAGAAAGAUGGUUUUGGAUGAAAGAAAGUAAUUUAUGAUUAGGACAAGGAGUUAAGGAAAGGAUAAAGAAAAAUUCACUCUGCGACGGGCUAAGAAAAUCCCAAAAUCGGAAAAAACAUAUAGUUUAUUUAUAAAUUAAGGACUUGUAUUAGACAAAAAAAAUGUUUGGCGUCGUUGGCUUUUUGUGUCGAAUUUUUGAUGAGAAAAAAAAACAAAUUGACAAAUAUAUUGUGUAAAAAUAUAUAAUUGAAUCAUAAAUUAACGCGGAGACUUAGCGAAAUUUUUUUCUGUUCGUGAGACAGAAAUUUUUAGAGAAAAAUUGGCAUGAGAUGUAUAUUUUAUAAUUUUCGAAAUUCUAUUUAAAUCAAUUGGCAUAUUUAGGAGGAAUGAUAAAAAUGGGUAAACAAAAUGGUAUUUUAUUAAAAAGAAGAAGAGAAAAAAAGUGAAGAAACAUUUAACAAAGAGAUGAAUUUAAUAGUGAAAAUAUUUUACUUUCUUUCGUGGAGAGUCUAAUAAAAGAAUUUGCAGGCGGUGUGAAGCGAUGGGACAAGAAUUGAUGGGAAUGCAAGAGAUGAAAAAUAAUCUUACAUAAAUAUAUUAAUUAAAGAUUAAGCAUCAAGUAUUACUAAAUGUGUGCUAAUUGAAGAAAAAAAAGAAAACAUGGGAAAGGAUGAAAAGGGGCGGAAGAGUAUGUAAAAGUGAGAUAACUUGUAUAGUAUUGUAAUGCUGUUAUUUUUGUUUGUUUUUGGUUUGUUUAUUUUUUAUUUUGAUUUUUGUAUCUUAAUUUAUUCCAGAAAUAAAUUAAAACGUUUUUUUUGUAUGUGCUGCAUUUAUAUUGUAUCUCUAUUUUUUGGGCAAAAGCCUUUUUUUCUCUUAGGUUAAAAGAUUUCUUUGAAAAAAAAACUAGCGCAUCUUUGUGAGUUUACUUAGCACAAAAGAAAGAAAAAAAAAGUGGCGAAGAAAUGUCGCAAAUAAAGGAAUAGUAAUAUGCGUGACUAGGGAAUGUAAAUAGAAGUAUUUUUGAUCAUAUUUUUACCAAUAUUAUUAAUAAUACUUAAUAUUUAUUGAGUAAUUGACUAUUGAUAUAUAUUGUUUGUGUAGGGCUCUCAUAUACAAUCACAGUGAAAGGAGAAACAUGUGAGAAAGGCGGUGGAAUAAGGAACAUGUGGUGUACAUAGAUAAAUGGAACAAAUAAGCAGUAUGAUACGACCGAAAUUAUAUUAUACAUUACUUAUUAAUAUGCACACAUGAAUAAUGUUAGCACACUUUUCCAAUAGUCAGUCGUUUUUAUUAAAUAAUUAAAGGAUAAAAUGAUGAUGAAAAAGUAUUUGAUAUAAGAGAUGGUAAGAGAAAUGAUGAAGAAUUGAGAUGGGAAGAGGAAGAGAAAGAGAGAAUCAUAAUAAGAAAAAGAAAAUCUUGGUUGAUAUUUUUGACUACGAAACUGAUUAAGAAAAAUAAGGUUUUAAGCAUAAAUAAAGUAUAAGUGAAGGAAUAAAACUAAUCAAGUGUCUAAAAAUGUGAGGAAAAGCAAAAGUAAAAAUAUUUUUGGGAUGUUAAUGUUACAAAAAACCCAAUCCACAAUUCCAAACAAUACUGCAUCCGAACUGUAAAAGGGGAAAAAUAGUUAUUUAAUAUGGAUUUAGAGAGAGAAAGAGAGAGAGAGACAGUGAGGUUGAUUGACUUUAUUUUCAAACAUAGACAAUUUAUAGCGAGAACAGAAAAGACCACAAUUUUUUUUUAACCCAAUGAUAAGGCUUAGUUAAAUAUUCCAUGCAAGAAACUGCAAUAUCUUUUAACUUUAAUUUAGGCAUUUAUUUUUUUUUUACUACAUAGGAUUCUUUUUUUUUGAUAAGCCAAUGCAAUGUGCUCAAAAUAUGAGAGACUUCGAUAGAUUUACGAUAGGGAAUUCCAUCUAAUCCAGAGGCAUUUCCUGACAAAUGAUAGAAGGAAAAGUGAUAAGACAGUCAGUGAAAGAAGAAACGUAAAUUGACAAGAAAAAGUUGUUAGUGAAGGGAGAGAAAAAAUGUCAACAAUUCGUUAUUACUAUUGACAUCUUUCUUUAUAUUUCCUUAUGUUCAACCGAAAUGUAUUUAGAUAAAGGGAGAGAUAAGAUAUAUUUUCUUUUUUUUUUCAUGGAGACAGAAACAAUGACAAAAACUUAUGCAUUGAAUCUUCCGAUCCACCAAUCAACACUGAAGAAAAACACAUCAAACACGAAUUUUUGUCUCAAUUCAUAAGGACAUUUCAUUAGAAUUAACGACACAGUGUUGCUCUUCGUCGCGCCAAACAGAGAGAAAAAAAAAAUGGGGAGUUUUCCGCGAAGAGACUAAACAAUUCCUCUUCCUAUUUGACCAAAAUAUACUUAGGUAGCAGGAUUAGGAUUAUCUCGUUCACUGGCAGUGUUGUUUUAAGGGCGUAACGAUGAUAAGAAAGAAGUAAAAUUGUUACUGUUGAUUGCAGAUGCUUUUUGUCGAAUUUACUCUGCAAUUUCUAUCCUCAAUUCAGUGAAUUUGUCUCGUGCAAUUUUGCUGGAUUGACGCAGAAAUUGAUGUUGCAAUUUUAUGUAGAUUGGGAGGGAAAAUUAUGCAUAAUUAAGCAUAGAAUUUAAAAAGAGUAAGAAAGAAAAGGGGAGAAUAAAAGAAGAACCACUUAAUAAUAAUAAUGAAUUUACAAUUUCUUCGUACAGACAAAUCUAUAACAGUGAUUGUCAAUUAAAAAUUUUACACGCAAUCGUCUUCUUUCCCAAUCUGUCGUCACUUUCGUGUUCGAAAACAGUCUCUCUGCAUAAAUGGGGGUUUUAUUGCAGAAAUUAAGUAACAAAUGCGCGCGGAGUUUUUGCCGAUUGAUGAUGGUAAACAAUAUAUUGCUCUGGUCUGUAUUAAAUAAGCACGCAAUGAAUUUUUCAAUUCACUCUUCCUAUAAAACGGUGAAAUCUCACGUGGUUUUAUUUCGUCUGGACAUUCGAUGGACUUGUAUUUUAUUCUCUUGUUACUUUUGUGGAAUAAAUCCAAUUCUAAUGAACUGAUCUCUUGGCCUAUAUGAAAAAAACAAGUUAAUGUGAAAAGUAAUCAAUUUUGACUACAACUUUCAAAAGUAAAUGAAAAUGACUGGAUUUAGUAUUUAAAAAAUGGGAAUAUAAAUGUAAAAGUUAGUGCUGUUGAUGGGUGAAAUGAGGUGGAGAAUGAAGAAAAAAUAAACAAGAAAAGGCAUUUCGACAAAACUCCAAAUCUCUUUCCAAUGAGCGAUAAAGAUUGAUAGACACUAUGAAACUGUUUAGCUCUUAGACUUUUAAAUAAAAUGAAAACUGAUGAUGAAAAUAUAAUAACAACUGCCUCCUUAAGAAAAAGCAUAACAUAUAUUGAAUAACAUUAAGUAAGAAUCAACACUGUUGGCAUUUUUAUCCAAACCUUAUUUUUUCUUUCGAUUCGUAUAUCGAUAAGUAUAAAUUGAGGGAGAAUUGCUGUGGUGGAGAGAAUGGAGUUGUCUCUUUAGAUGUUUAGAGAAGAGAAAAUGCCAAUACUAUUGGACAGAAGAGAAACUGAUGAUAAAAGUUAGGCAUAGAGCAUUAAUAUGUGUGUCUGUGUUGCAUCCUAGUCAUAUCCAAUUUUGAAGAAAAACGGUGUUGUAAUGAACAUUUGUGUCGUUUUAUCCAUGCCUUCCUCGUCUUUUUCUAGCAUUUCACGUUAUGUUUGUGCUUUUACGGUGAGAAAUUUUACCACACAAUUAAAACACUUCCACCAAUUUUCGACACUUUCCAUUGAUUUCACGUCCCCACAAAAGGUUGAAUGGCAAAAGUAAGACAAGAAAAUGUCCCUUUAUUCACAAACACACAAUAAAUAUCAGAAUCAGUGGAAGUGAAGUGAAAAAAAAAAUGAGAGAUGAGAUAAAAAAAAACAAUCAAUUUUUGAUAAAAAAUACGUGUAGCAGAGAAAAAAAGGUUUUAUUUUUGAUACUUCAUUGAAGAAGAGGUGAAAAGUGGAUGAAGAAAAAAAAAAGAGGUGACGAAAUUGCGCGCAUUUAAAAAUUAAGUAUAAGGAUAACAUUGUUACUGUUGAUGAAAUUAUAUCCCAAAAUUAUGGACAUUAACUUAAUAGUAAUUGUGUAAAUAGUUAAACAAGUAUUUAAUCGCCAUACAAGACUUGAGAAUUGAAAAAAAAGGAAAUGCGAAUCAAUUGUUAUUCUGUAUAUGAAAUUUUUCGGCACACAAUCUUUCGACACCCUUUUUGUGUAGGUAAAAAUUUUUAAGUAAUAAUUAUCUCUAAUUUCUGGUUUCUUUAAUAUCCCGAGGAGAAGGCGAAGAAUAUGACAAGAAUGCUUGAAAAUGAAUAGAGAAAAUAUCUAUAAAGAUGCGAUUUGGCGGAAUUACUUGGACGUCGAAUGACUGUUCGCUGCACUUCCGCCUCUUCCUAUAUAUAAAUAUAUUUUUAAAUUAUAUCACUAAAUACAUCACGUCCAGUAGUAUUAAAAAUUUGUGGAUUUUCGCCAUGACAUUCUCAUUGACUUUCCAAACAUUGCAACAAUUAUUUCAUGCGACAUAAAAGUCAAUUUCCGUGUGAUUGGAUGUAAAUUGAAACUUUUAGCCCUCACGAAUAAUAAUAUUUGACGAGGGCUUUUGGGCUACGAGCUCGACAGAUGUGGUAAAGUGAGGGCUUAAGGGUGAUUCAAUUUGCAACCAUUGAACCAACAAUGCGCAUUAUAUGAAAUGAAAAUUGCGGAAACAAUGGAAAAUGAUUCUGACACUGUUUAAAAUCAUCAUCUCUCUUAUUAAAUAAUUGAUGGGUUUUGUAAAUUGAAAGCUCAAAUUUUGCAUUAAUUGUGGUCUGUUUAUUUUACACACUCAUCAACAUCGAAAUCCCCCUUUUUGAAGUUUUAUCACCAUUAAUAAUGUGAAUAUAUUGUGUUUUUUUUCUUGACUCUUUUUUGCAUAAUUAUCGAGAGUGGAGGUAAAAAAAAGAGGUGAAGUAAUAAAAGACUGCGCUAUUUGAGACUAAAAAAAAGAAAAUACAAUUUUUUAUUGACGUAAAAGAUGUGAAAAAAAGUGAGGAACAUAAGAAGAGUAUAUAUUUAAUGAUGAAGAGAAUAUUGAAAUAAAUCCCACUUUAGUUUUAUUGUGUAUAAAAGAAAGUAAAAUACAUGGUGAAUUAAUAAUAUUGAAAUGCUUAAUAAAAAGAAAUGUGUUACAUAACAAGUUACUGCGUAAAAUGAUAAUGAAAUGAUGAAAAAUGAUGCUGUAAAAGUAAAUUAGAAUAUCAAUCAAAAUGCAAUUUGUGUUGCUUCCAAAAAUGAGAUAUAAAAUAAUUUUUCUAUCACAAAACAGACACACAUUCAUCCCUAAAAGAUCCUAAUGUAGAAAUUUUCCCUGAGCCUCAUCUCUUGCCAUCACCAUUUAGAGCAUAAUUAGAGAUUUUUCCUUCAAAGACAGUCGGGAAAGUGUCCUGAUGGGACACAAACAGAAGAAAUAUUCUUAUUGAAAUGAUAAAAUUGUGAUGAAAAACCGUAAAUAGAGAAAAAAAAACUCGUGACAUUAAAAGGGAAGAUGUGUUAAGGGAUUUUUAUGUAGUGAUUUUUUGCUUCUUGUUGCCGAACUUCUCGUAAUUGCAUGAAAAUAUAUGAGAGCAACUUCACAAUCAACCGUUUUAACAACAACAACAACAAUUGAGACCACUUUGAAUGGGUGCAGCUAUGAAAAAGACUCAAACUUGAAGGACUUUAUAAUUUUUCCUAAGAAGGAAAGAAUGUGAAGGAUUCGUAACAGUAAAAAAAAGCAUUUUUCAUUAAAAGUAAAGAAAAAAGUGAAAUACGGGACUCAAAUUUUUACUCACAAUAUUUUUAUAUUUAAAGAAGAAGAAAAAAGGGUGAAAAAUUUUAAAGUAAUGGAAUGGAAAAAAGCUUAUAAGUAAAUAUAAGGAUUAUUGAGAGAAUUUAAAAGGUGAAAUAAUAGCAUGAAAAGUAGUGAAAAUAUUUUUUUCUCACACUUGAUUGACAUAAUCAUUUUAUCAAAUUGCAUUUUGACUCUGGGCGACGGGAGAGGAUUUACAGGCGGGAUGAUAAGUGGUGGAAGUAAACUUCAACUGUGUGUAUAUUGCUUGACUUAUGAAUAAAUACUAAAUAUAUAUAUAUAUUGAAUUAAUAAUGGUCAACUGCAUGAAGCGAUAUAGAGUGAAACAUAAGUGUUGUGUAUAAGUCAUAAGAGAAUCGAUAUAAUAAUCUAUUGCUAAGGAAGCACUAAAGCAAAGACACGAAGAGAAUUCAAUAAGUAAAAUUUGAUUUCACUCAAAAUACUUGCCAAAUUAUUUCAAUUUCUAUAACUUUUCUCAGUUGAGCAGCAAAAAAAAGUCUAUCCAUGUUCCAAAAUACCAGAAAUGUAAAGGCUAAAAAAAGCGAUGUUGAAAAUGUGGAAUUUUUCAUUUUAUUGCAAAUUUUUAAGAGAAGAAAAAGAAAAAAACAAUAAAUGAUAAAGCUAAAACAAUAAUAUCGAAACAUAUCGAAAACAAUUUAUUAAGUUUUAAAAAAUUCUCCUUGAGAUAAAAGUCUUAAAAGAAAAAAAGUGAAAGUGAAAAAGUAUUGAUACAAGUUGAACAUUUUUCAAAUCGUUAUUCAGUUUCUGAGUUCUGCAUUUUCUUUAUAGGCCAGCAAGGGGUGGUCAAGAGGGGGAUGAGGGCGGAAGGAUAAGCAGGGGGAUCAAUAAUGAUGAAUUCCUAAACACUUUUUAAACUGUAAUAUCAAUUGCAAUCUCUCAAAACUAUUCCUGCUAAGAAAUAGAGCCGAACCACGCGAAAUUUAAUAAAAUAAAAUAAAUAAACCCUUCUCUGUCUCACGUGGAGAAGUGACAGGAAACUUACCGAUGUUACUAAACUUUUUGAUGCUCUAAAAGUGGCCUCGACCCCACUGAUUGUUUGACCAAUAAAUAUUUGUAGUGUGAGAAGAGUAACUUUAAUAUUUGUAGAAGCAAAAGAGAAAACAUAACACCAAACAUAGAGAGAAGAACUAAGAGAUAAAAAUUUGUAUUAAGGCAACUGGGAAACAAUUAUUGAUGAUGUUAUGAUAUAUUGCAAGAAAUAUACACAGAGAAAGAGAGAAUCAGUAAACUUUUCAAACUUAGAUGAAGUAAGAGUGAAUUAUUAAAUGGUGUCAUUAUUCCUUUUUGAGCCAGACGGAGAGAAAAAAAUAACAGCAUCCUAAGAUAUAUUUGGGUAUAUCAUAAUUGUAACAAUUUAGAAAUGAUAAAUUGAGGUGAAGAUGGAAUGAUGAAAAAUUACGGCUUUACAAUCAUCUUAUGCAUAUACUUAAAACAUAAUUGACGAUAAUUUUAAGAUAUAAAUCUGUCCCACGGAGGUACGAACACUUGAAUAUGUACAUUUUACUAAAGAAUAUAAUGAGAUUGAGAGUAAUUUAUUGACGGUGAUUAGGAAAGGUAAAAGCACACGAAAAAACACACACAACAAACAAUUUUCUCACCGAGGAACGAAGAAACCCCAAAGAUAUGAGAAGCGACACCCUCACAGACUUCUUGGGGUGUUCUCUUCCUUGUCCGUGGACGUGUUGGAAGAGAAUCCGCGGAAAAUUCUGUAGGGUGGGCGCAUUUUCUGUUGUUAUUCUGAUCUUGACUGGAAAUUGAUGCGAUAAGAGAUGUUUAGAAGCGUAACAAUCGUGGUCUAAAGUGUAGUUUGAGCGGGAAGAAGGAGUAAUGAAAAGCGAUAAUAAGUAGUAAUAUAGAAAUGGUUGUAAUUUGUGUGCAUGCAAAAUGUAGAGAAAAAAAGCAGUAUAAUGAAGAGGAGAGGAAAAAUAACGCAAAACGAAAAAUGAAAUAGUGAAGAGCUGUUGUUUUUUAAAUGUCGUUUUUGAGCGCCAGUACCGUUUUUUGAUGUUAAACCAAUUUGAUAUUUGACUAAGGAGGAUAAAAAGAAGUCUAUAUAUUUAUAUAUAUAUUGAGAAUGGUGGAAAAUUGCAUCGUAAACAUUGUACAGAUGUGUAACAAGAAGAUAUCAGUAUUGAAAUCAUUUCCAGUUUUAUCCAAAAAAAAACUCUAGUUUAUCUCUUUGAUUUUAUCCAUGAAAAUCUUUCGGGACUUAUUAAAAUGUACAUAUUUGACUUGAGAUGUAAGUGUUGUGAGGUGAAUUCACGGAGAUUGAUCACGAUACGAUCGCCCUUUCUCAACACCCAAAGUCUCCAUAACAAUAAUAAUGUCAAAACGGUGGGGAAAUGGCGAUUGUUCGUUCGCGAUCAUCGCCAAGUCCGCAAGAGAAACACGUUAGAUGAUAGAAGGCAUAACGCGAUAAGGAUUGAAUAAUGUUAAAUUGUCAAUUAUCUUUUUAAUUAGCAUUUAGGGUAUAUAUAUACAUAAUGAAAUGAAAUGAAAAAAAACUUAUACACUCUUGAUAUAGAAGUGAAUUUUAGACAUUUAAUCUUAUGUAACAAGCGCAGAGUGUAAAAUGAAUAUUCUCAUCAACUUCUUAGACGUGUAAAAUUGAUAAAAAUUGUUUGUUCGUUGGUUUUUUGUCACAAUAAUCUCCAGUAUAUAUUUGAAGAGAUGAGAAAAAUAUUAACAAUGCUACGUAGUAUUAUAAAAACUUAAGGAGGAGUGUAAGUCUUAAUGCGUAGAAUAUUAUUCAACACAAUUAAGAUAUAAAUAUCGAUUUUUGUCGUCGACCUAGUCAUAUCCUAACAAGAAAAUUAUAAAAAAAACACUUAAAAGUAUUGAAAAAUGAAACAGUGGAUAAAUUCAUGCUUAAAUAUGCUUGAUUUAAAUGAUCUUGUUUCUUGAAACGAAGAACUAAUAUACGACUUGAAUUUAUAGUAAUGGAACAGAAUGGAACAAGUCUAAUGAAGAAAUGUCGCUGUGUGUUAUCGACUAUAAUAUUUCCUUAUAAACAAAAAAAAAACACGUAUCUUAAGAGAGUGACUAUUGAGAAUAAGAGAUUGAGAGCGAGAGAAAAAAUUCAGAUAAUUUUUUCCUCUAACUUUUUAAGUUUCCUUUUUAAACGAAAAAAAAACCUUCCACUUUUUCCAAUAUUAUACUUUUAUAUAUCUUAUGAAAAGUUUUAUGAAUGGUGUGUGCUCACCGCAAUACACAAUAUAUAUGCCCUCUUUCGAGAAGCCUAAAGAAGAAAUUUGAUGAAAAAAAAUGUUGAUGAAAACAUAGUUGUUAAGAAAAUUGGCGCAAUAAUUGAAUGUUGUUGAAGUAAAAGAAAAAAACUCACUUUUUCAUAUACCAAAAGAAGCCCAAUAAUUAGACGAAAAGGUAUUAUUUAGUUGAGAAGAGAUACUUAAAUAAAUUGGUUAUUUUUGAAAAUUUUGAAUAGCUCUGCAGACGUUUUCUUUAUAGGGUCGCACGAUAAUUUAUACCAGUGAAUUAUUCACCGAAACCCUGUAUUUAUUUCUAUGCUCAUUAAUUGAAAUCUUAAAGAAAAAAAAAUCGAACUUAUAACGUGAAAAAAUAAACUGUAUAAAUUUUAAAGGAUAGAUGAAUGUUAGUAGAGUGAAAAAAAUGGUGAAAACUAAUAAAACAACGGGAAUCAAUUAAUUUUUUGCUAUUAAAAACUUUAUAUUUAGAAAGGAGAUGAAGAAAAAUUGGACUGUGGAGUUUUCCAUGUUGAACUUUCUAUCAAAAAAAAAAGAUGAAAAACUAUUUAAAAUAUAUAUUAUUAAAAAUAUACAACAUUACUUAAUAUACAGCCAAUAUUAGUCACUAGUGAGGAUCUUUUUUCUGUUUGUUUGUUCUUGAUUUUCGGGAGAAACAAUGAAUUUAAGGAAGCAAAGAAACAAGUGAGGACAUUCAGCUUGACAAAAAAAGUGGCAUUAUAGAAAGAAAAGAGAAAGAGUGAAAAAAUGCGAUAAGGAAAGAAAUACUGCACAAGUUUUAUAUAUUUUAAAAAUCCUUCCAGUUGCAAUCAAAAGACAAAACAAGGGAAAUCAAAGCUUUUUCUUUGCCAAUACUUAGAAAAGAAAGAAAUAAAGAAAAACUCUCUCAUAUAAUUUAAGGAUCUCUUGUGUAAUUUAACGAGAAAACAGGAAAAAUCUCAGAAAAAUACCCAAAAAAUGGAAACGAAAAGAAAUAUCAUGUAAAACAAUUCACUUAAUAGGUUUAAAGAUGGAACUAUGCUUUUGACGAUGUUGAGAAAACCGAGUGGAAAACAAUCCCAGUUGUUAGGCAUAACUUAUUUAUUUCUGAAGAUAAAACUUUCAAGUAUUUUCAAGUGGAGUAAAGUGAACACAAUUUAGGAAUAAUUAAGGCUUUCCGAUGGAGUAACUAAAGAGCAUGAUGGAUAUGUUUUUGUGUGUGUUGACAAUUUCAUUGUGAAAACUAUUCUCUUCAGAAGAUCUCAGCUGAAAAUCGCCAACAUUUGACGCCUCGUUUUCGCACGGAAAUCAGAAAAUUCUCCGUCAAAUGGCGGCCUUUUCGGCUGGGGAUUUUCUCUCACCCAAAAAAUGAAUGUACGUUUUCUAUGGAUUAAGAGGAGGAGGAGGAGGAAUUUCUAAAGCUUAUCUCCCACUACAUACAUGUUUGUAUGUCUAAUAUACUUUGUAAUAAUAAUUAAUGAAGAGACCUAUGGUAAUGUCAUUUAAUCAUAAUGGAAUAUAUUGUACGAAGAGUGUGAAGAGAGAAGAGUUUUGCGGGAAUGUUUUAUUUUGCUGUGUGUGUUGCAAUUUUCCGACCAAAAUCAACUCUGACGAAUUAAUUUACAUGAAUAUUUUUUUUGCAAAAAAAAACCAGCCACAAUCACGUGCAAAACAAUAAUAUUGAUCUGCUUUAAAUACCGAGUAGAGGUUUAAAUUUAUAAUUAGGACAAACAAAAAAAAUGAAAACAUGUGAAAAUGUUAUGUAGAAAAAGAUGGGAAUUAUAAAACAGUUAACAGUCGUUGUGAGAAAUUUUACGCGGAAAAAAUAAUGAGAAAACAAAUCAGAAAUAGCAAAACAAUCGUCAUGAAGCAUAAAGAAAUAUUCAUAUAAAUUAAUUGCACGAGUGAACUUCGUAAAGUAAUCCUUUUUCAUGACAUUCUAAAAGUAACGUUUUAUUAUAUAGCUAUAAAAUGAAUUUCGUAGUAGUUGUAGUUUAAUUUUUUGUGCAGAGGUAUUUUUGGUAAUUUUGAUAUAGAUCUUGUUUGUUUGUUUGUUUUUUAUAUAUAUUUUUACACUUUUUAUAUGAAAAAGAGAAACAUUAUUGAAUGGUAGAAGAUGAUAAGUGGAAAAUACGUCAACCUAGUCAUAUCAGUUUUUUGCACUAUUUACUUAUUUGCCACUCAAAUGGAACUAAAUUGAGAAAGAGAGAGAGAGAAAGGAAAAAAGCAUAUUUUAAAAACGAUUUUUAUUGAACUUACAUUCUCAGAAUAUUAUUUUUUUUAUAUUUAAUAUGAGGUGAACAAUAGAAAUAAUUUAUAUGGAGAAUAUAUAAUCGAUUCAGACUUAAAAUAAUUACAAUAUUACUUGUUAAAAUAAUAGAAUAGGUAAAAAAAAAGAGAAGAUAAAUCAUUUCCUAUAUUUGUUUUUACCGUAAUUUAUAUGUUUUUUUAUUUCUUUGUGUAAUUUGUUUUAAUAGCAUUUUUUUUAUAAUGAUAUUUAGUUCUACAACAAUACAUUUUUUGACUUCAUAAACCAAUCCUACCACUUAAGGAAUGAUUAUGAGAAAAGAAUGCAAGACAAAUUGAAAAUUUCCUCUAUUUAUUUUGAUAUAUUUCUUAUAUCUUCAUUUUAUUACAAUGAAAAAAAAAUAUCUCUUUAAAUAGAUUUAGAUUCAGGAAUUUAUUGUUUCACAAAAUAUCAACUAUAUAACUAAAAGGAGAAAAAAAAACCACUGAAUCAGGUAUCUUUUGAACUCAGAGCAAGAAUAAAAG